GACAUUUAUGGAAUUUGGCUAAGAGUUAAGAAACAAGAAAAGUAAAAAUCGACAAAGAGAUUCCAAAAUUGAAUUGAAAAGCGAUUUUCCCAAUCUCAUUCUUUUCAUCAAAAUCAGAAGUAAUAAUCGAUUAUGGACGAACAUGGCGAUUGCAAUUUCAACCACUCAUCAUCAAACUGAGGAUGUCACAAACUGACGUUUCUUACUGCUGUGGCUCAUGUGGAUACCCUCUGAACUUGACAUCAUCGAAUCGAAUCACGUCUAACAUUGCAUCUGAAUACAAAAAGUCUGUUAAGAAAGGGUCAAUCUCCUUUUCAUCAGUUGAUCUCAGCCGCUUUACACAGGUUGAUGAAAUAAAUUGUCUUCCGGUUUCAUGGUUGUGUCCUUCAAAGACUAAGCUGCUUUGCCGUAAAUGUGGAGUUCUUAUUGGUUAUGGUUAUAGUGGACAAGCACCUGCACUUUGUGGAUGUGAGCCUUCCAUUUCGUCGAGCUCUCUGACGAAAUUCUCGGUGAAGAUUCGAUCGUUACAGCCUUCUUCGGAUGAGUCUUGAAAAGGUUGACAUGGAUGAGGUUUCCAAAAUUGGCGCUACCUCGAUUGUUCAUCUACCGGAUGACUGCCUUACUAUUAUUUUCCAUGCUUUAGAUUGUCGGGCUGAUCGUGAAUCGUUUGGGUUGACUUGCCGACGAUGGCUCCAUA